GACGUGAGGGACUCUCGUUCAGCUCAUUCAUUGAUUCUCCCGCGCACAGGCAGGACUCACCAAACAAAUACAUCUUUUUUUUUCUCUUCGCUUUCUUUUGUAUUCGUGGCUUCUCCGAUCACUUUCAGACUUGUGGUCCGUCUGUCCACAUCGCCAGGGAUAAACUGAGGUGAUUGGAUGGAUAGAGAGGCUGACCCAUGGUCAACUAAAGAGGAAAGCAGUCUGUGAUUCAUUUGAAAAACAACAUCUUUCGUGGCAUGGAUUCUAGGCGCAGCUGUCUUCCUUUAACGCCAAUCUCGGAUUAAUAAAGUGAACACCUCGCUUGUGCGCAUGACAGGAAGUCAAUAAAGAAAAGAAUGCAGACGACGAAGCUGGUGCGCGAAAUUUUGACGAUAGUAGCUCUUCUUUUACAGACAUUGGAGGUCGACACCAGAUGGUCGCAAUGGUGGACGUAUGACGAAGGCAUCUCAGGGCCUAAUUAUUGGGGACUGAUGAAUCCUGGCUGGUCUUUAUGCAACAAGGGACAUAACCAAAGCCCUGUCAACAUUGACCCUAAAAGCUUACUGUUUGACCCGUCAUUGUCUCCCUUGGAAAUCAACGGUGAAGCGGUAUCAGGGGUUCUCCUUAACCUAGGUCACUUUCUGACGUUAGAGGUCGACCAAACAAACCACUGGGCCCCUGGGAUAAACAUAACUGGAGGACCACUUUCCUACAAUUACAGGGUGUCCCAGAUGACCAUCCAUUUCAGCCACUCAGACCAGGACGGCUCCGAGCACACAAUAGAUGGGCGUGGCUUUAGUGCUGAGAUUCAGAUCUACGCCUACAACUCUGACCUGUACACCAACAUGUCCAAAGCGAUGACGUCACCUAGGGGUAUCCUCUGCCUGGCAGUGCUGGUCAAAGUGGGCCAGGAGCUUCAUCAUCACUUUGAGAGAAUCCACAGAGUCAUUAACGACACUCUAUAUAAAGGAGACAGGCUGGUCAUCCCUUACUUCAACCUGCGCGCCUUACUGCCCGAUACAAAGCACUACAUGACGUACGAAGGGUCACUCACCAACCCAGCGUGUUUUGAGACGGUCACGUGGGUCAUCUACAACCGCCCAAUCUACAUCAGCCAACAGCAGAUCACAGGGUUGAGGCGCCUAAAACAAGACACAGUUUCCAAUCCGGUCCUGCUGAUGGCUGGCAACAUACGGCCCUUGCAACCAUUGUACCAAAGAACCAUCAGGGCGAACAUUAACUUUGUUGAAAGGUCAUGCAGUAUGGAGAGAGAUAUGAACUACAUAGGUACAAUCAAUUCUGACCAUUUCCAUGACUCGCGACAUUAUUCUGUUCCGUGAAGAGUUACCUUACUUUUGAAAAGGUUCGACAACUAGGACAUCAUUUUUCGAAAGGCCUCACUGAAACAUCAACCAAAACUAGAAGUUUGAGGACCUGAACAAGUUACAGGCUAGACUCAAAGUGCGUUGCCUUGUCCACAAGUUGCAAGAAGUCUCAACUGUCUUGAAAUGUCUCUUGGAGCAAGCACGCACUCAACGAGACAGCAAGCUAAACAACGUAGGUGUCCCACUCUUUCUUCUUGAUUCUGAUGCUGGUACAGUGAUUCAAGGGAAAGAACCAUAGCGGCAUAAAUCUAGACCCUGGAGUUAUUUCGACUGCUAAUUUUUACUUUCAAAUCGUUUAUAAUAAUGUUUAUUAUUAAUUCAAUGUCUCCAUUCUCUCGCUUUCUCUCUCUCUCUCUCGCUUUCUUUCUCUCUCUCUCUCUUUCUCUCUCUCCUCUCUCACUCUUUCUCUCUCCUCUAUAUCUCCCUCCCCCUCUCUCUCUCGGUAUUAUAAAAAAUACAACAAAAAAAUAAAAUUUUAAAAGGUAACUUUUUUUUUUAUUUCCAAAAACAAAAUUAGCAGAUGGAAAUGUAAAAAUUAAAAAAAUUAAAUCAGCAAGUGAUACCUAUUAAUGGCGUGAUACAGAGCGGGCGUGAACAUUUAGCCCCCUCCAAAGUUUACCUAAAUGGCCAGGUCUAGGCUUUCUUUUGAAGUCACGUCGGUAAUUUAUAAGAUAAGAUAUAGACAGCAUUGAUAUUUUGAACUCUCAAGCGAUAGUCAUUUUACGUUUUAAGAUUGUAGUUAGAAUGUUUGGCCACUAUGGACAUUCAUGAUUGAAUGUGAGAUGUGUGACUAGUUUCAAUCAAUGUGUUCGAUGCUAUAUUAUUGGUGCUAUCUUUCAACAAUGUUCAACUCAUCAACAUUCGCCUCUUUCUUUCUAUUUUAUUUCACAUACAAAUGUACUGCUUAAAAACACAACAUGUGGGAACAUAGGCUCUGUAUAAAUAUAGUCUAACUUAGGACAUACAAUGGUUUUUAAAAUUGUUGAUUUGUUAUGUAAACUUUAACAUAUUCAUUCAUUUCAAUGUCUCAAUACGCACAAUAAAUAAUUAC